UCCUGCCUGUUUCGUGAACGAGAGUGUUCCUAUCAUUUUGUGCUUCUUUCGCAGUGUUUGUGUUGCUUUAUACAGUGGCGGUGAGGGCGAAGUGAUCGAACGCGAUCCCGUCAGAUCAGAUCUCGCCGUUGCGGGGGAAUGAGAACGGCGAAGAACAACGCAGCAAGCCGGCACCCCACCUUCAUUGCCAUCCUCCUCCUAGCCGCUCUCGUUUUCUCCGCUCUCGUCGUCUCAAUCCAGUCCUCUCUCUUCACCGGAACCCGGACAUCGGUAGCCGACAGCGAGGAGAUCCGAAUCCUGUCGGAUUUCCAAUCCACCGUCCAACAAUGCGUGGCAAGCCGAGGACUCGGGCUUACAGCAGAAAUCAUUGACCACUGUAAAUUAGUCCUCAAAUUUCCUCAAGGCACAAACAGUACCUGGUAUAAUGCACAGUUUAAAAUUUUUGAGCCACUUGAGUACAAAUAUGAUGUCUGUGAAGCUAUCCUUCUCUGGGAACAGUAUCGUAACAUGACUACAGUCUUGACACGGGAAUAUCUAGAUGUUCGACCUGAUGGAUGGUUAGAUUAUGCUGCAAAAAGAAUUGCACAGUUGGGUGCAGAUAAAUGCUAUAAUCGUUCACUUUGUGAGGAACAUCUUAACUUAAUAUUGCCUGCAAAGCCUCCUUUUCGUCCUCUCCAGUUCAGGACUUGUGCUGUUGUUGGGAACUCCGGGGACCUCUUAAAGACAGAAUUUGGGCAGGAGAUUGAUGAACAUGAUGCAGUAUUUCGGGAUAAUGAGGCUCCUGUUAAUGAGAAAUAUGCCAAAUAUGUUGGACUAAAAAGGGAUUUUCGCCUUGUUGUGAGAGGCGCUGCACGUAACAUGGCUGCUAUUCUCAAUGGAUCUUCUGAUGAGGUGCUUAUAAUCAAGAGUGUAAUGCACAGAGAUUUCAAUGCAAUGAUAAAGGAACUUCGAAAUCCUGUUUAUCUUUUCCAAGGUAUUGUCCUUAGACGAGGUGCCAAGGGAACGGGAAUGAAGUCUGUGGAGUUGGCACUCUCCAUGUGUGAUAUUGUUGAUAUAUAUGGGUUCACAGUAGAUCCUGGCUAUACAGAAUGGACACGUUACUUCUCAACCCCUAGGAAAGGGCACAACCCACUACAAGGAAGGGCGUAUUAUCAACUUCUAGAAUGCCUCGGGGUCAUCAGGAUCCAUUCCCCCAUGAGAGCUAAGAGGAAGCAGGAUUGGUCUGAUGUGCCAAGCAAAGAACUCAUACGAACCGCUCACGCUGCUGCAUUGCGCUUGAAACAGAAAGAAACUGGCCAAGAAGGGGAUUUGGGACCUUUUGCUAACUGCAAGGUUUGGGGUUCUGCAAAAUCAGAUGGUCCAGUGUCAGGGUCGCCAGACAUGGGCAACAUGCGCCAAAACUCAAAUUACAAGAAAUGGGAGCUCCUGCCACUUGAGAGCUUGCGAAAGGAAGCUCAGGAACAUAAUGCACAGAUGGGCGGUGUUUCUCUUUACAAGAUGGAUGGGAACAAACUGGAUGAUCUUGUCUGUGUAAGGCACAACGUGCAAACUGAAGCUUAAUGAUUAAAAAUGGUUCAUUAUUCUACUAGCUGUUAGUUGUCGAGCGUCAUUAGGAGGGGAACCAAGGGCAGUUGAAGGGCACUGGCUAUCAGGAAAUUUGUUGGAGAAAGAUGGUAGUGUUCAUGGCCCAAACAAAGCAAGGUAAUCUUGUGAGAAGUCAUGAUUUCGUUGGGAAAACGUUGUUUUUAGUAGAGUAGGUUUGAUUACACAGAUUUUGUGCUUCGAUAAGUUCAAGAAGGAAUCAAUUACUUUUAUAAUGGAAUUUUCACACUACCUGUUUAUUCUUGAUGAAGGUAUUCAUCACUUUCGUUUCUUUAGUUUUCUUCUUUUUGCUAA